AACUACAAAGUAUAUACGUGACUGCAAGAUUUAAUGGUUGGGUGCGUAACCCCCUUUCCUUUAAACUCAAAAACCCUAAAAAUUUGGAUAGAGCUAUGGCGACGACGAUGACAACGGCGUGGGCGUGCCGCCAGCCCUGGGCCACGGCGCCUCGGGCUUCUGGGAUUUGUAGCACCAGUGGCGGCAGGAGCUGCUCGCUCUUCUUCGGCGACGAUUUGGGCAAUAUGACCGCCAGGCUCGUGUCCUCGCUCGCGAUUCUGGAGCCCAGGAGAGGAACCACGACUCCAGCAAGCCCAGCGUCUAGAUUCCGGGUUCGAGCGGCGGCCAAGGACGAGGAGGCGCCCAAGAAGAAGAAGAUGCCGUCGGCGGUGAAGAGGGCGCUCUUGUCCGAGAAGAGGCGCAUCUACAACAAGGCCAGGAAGUCGGAGAUCCGGACGAGGAUGAAGAAGGUGUUCUCGGCGCUCGAGGAUCUCAAGAAGAAGGCCGAGGGGGCGGCGCCCGAGGAGCUCAAGCCCGUCGAGGUGAUGAUCGGCGAGGCCUACUCGGUGAUCGACAAGGCUGUCAAGGUUCGCACGCUCCACAGGAACACCGGCCGGAGGCGAAAGUCCCGCCUCGCUCGCGCCAAAAAGGCGCUGGAGAUCGCUCUCGGCUGGUAUGAUCCCGCGUCUCCGGCUCCUCCAGCAGUCCGACCACCUCCGCCAGUUCGAUCUCGAGCUCCACCUCCGGCUCCGGCUCCGGCUCCGGCUCCAUCCGAUGUAACAGCGGCAGCUCCAGCUUGAAAGAAAACUCGACAUCGCUGCUUCCAAAUACUUCCUUCCAGCCACCUUUUCCUCUGGAAGACUAUUCCAAAGCUCGCAACUUUCAGCAAGCUUUUCAAGGAAGGAUUUUCCAUUUU